UUGAUAGACGAGAAAUAGGACAGCUUGACGGGUUUGGUGUUACUACGGACGCUUUGGAGGACAUGCAGGCUACCAGUUUGCAAUGAGGAAAUAGCUUGUCAAUUCAUUCACUGUGCGAAAAAUCACGUGCCAAGAGGUUAUCUUGGAUGUCAUUGGUUACUGUAUGGGUGCUGCUGUUGUCGUAUUUGGGUGGAGUGAUUGACUUGAUUCGACCAAAUACAUUUAGGCUACUAUAGCCUACGUAAUCGAAAGUGUUAGGAGUUUGACCCCCUCUCACUUUGUGUCCUCUGAAAACCUUGAUUUCAAGCGAUUUUGUGGGUUAGCCAACAUGUAACAGAAUGGAAGCAUACAUACGAUUUUCGCGCAGUAUGGCCAUGUUGGAGACAAUUUGGCUGUUAUGAAGCUGUAAAAGGUUUCCGUAUUGCUUUAUUUGUUUUCCAUCUUCUGCGCUUCAAUGACCAAGCUAGUUAACGGUGGUGCGCAAUUCUCCGCGCUUGGUGUCGGGGGCGUUGGAAUACCAAGACAACAUGAACCGGGGGACAACGACCUUCGGUUAGGGAUCAGCCCGUAUGGAGAGACCUCUCACUUCGCAGCCUUCAAUCUCAUUGCCGCGUGUCAAGACAUUGCCCCCGCACAGAAGUCCCAGUUUGUUCCCCAAGUUUCUGGAUACGCAGCUGCGCUAGGAAGCCACUACGGAGGCCACAUCGGUUCACAUGGAUACAGAGCUAUCGAUUCCAGGAAUUUUACGUUUACCUAUCGCACUCCAGACAUUGUCGAUUCCGCAGCAAGAGAUACUCGGCACGGACUUUUCAGCCGCACCGCAACAGCAAGUGUGCGAAUUCCCCCAAGGAUCUCUGAAAACCGAGCGCACACUCUAUUUUCGUCUAUAGGUGAACAGAGCGCAUCCCCAAAUGGAUACAUGGCGAAUAGCAGGGCGCAUUUGGGUACACAGGGAGACAUAUACGUGGGAGCAGAUCCGCAUCAACCUGUCUCGGGCCCGCAUCCGCAUUUCAGUGAUACCCAGCGACACUUUGGUCACAAUGUGGACAUGGGCAUGAGAGUGACAACACAGACUGGUCACGGUGCUUUCUUUCGAUACAUGCGACAGCACUCUAAGCAGGAUGUCACUUGUAAAUGGAUAGAUGCGAAUCAGACGAAUCAAACCCAAAAAACGUGCGGCAAGAUGUUUUGCUGUACGUCCGAGCUGGUUACGCACGUCUCCAUGGAUCACGUCGGCGGUCCAGACCAGAGUCUGCAUACUUGCUUUUGGGAGGAUUGUCCGAGAGAAGGCAAAUCUUUUAAAGCGAAGUAUAAACUAGUCAAUCACAUUCGUGUACACACUGGAGAAAAGCCAUUCAGUUGUCCCUUUCAUGGCUGUGGGAAAAUGUUUGCCAGGUCGGAAAAUUUGAAAAUACAUAAGAGGAUUCAUACGGGUGAGAAGCCCUUCAAAUGCGAAUUCGAAGGCUGCGACAGGCGGUUCGCAAAUAGCAGCGACAGAAAAAAACACAUGCACGUUCAUACCUCAGACAAGCCAUACAUCUGCAAGCUGUGCGACAAGGCCUACACUCAUCCCAGCUCUCUGAGGAAACACUCGAAGGUUCACAAAUCUCAAACCUCGGAGAACUCCCCAACGGGAACUUCUGGAUAUGAGUCGUCCACGCCACCAGCUCCGUGUAGACCUACAUCCUCAACCAUCGAAGACUCGACAAAAACAUCCAUGCUGCUGGUCAAGCGUCAUAAGUCAAUAUUCAAAGAGGACCUCUCAACCAAUUUGGUUGAAUGGUACGUUUGAAAGGGUUAACUGUCCAAGUGUAAACACUAAAACGUCAAUAGAAUCUACGUUUGCCAAGUUUUCAACAAAGUUACAGAAAACACAGGGUAUAGGCCUAUGCAUUGCCUUAGUGUUACGCUUCAAAGGCGCCAUCAUAAAAUUUUGUAAUUUUGGAGUCAUUUCUAUUCUGUAUCCCCCCUCCCAAAUGUUUGGAAAAGUCUUAUCCUUGGAAUAGACUACACAUUGACUGUAUAAUAGAUGAAAAUGUGACCCACACAAAGCCUUUAAAUUAAUAGGCAGGCCUCUAUAUAAGCCUCUAGGCUACUGAUAAAUAGACAAAUAAAUGAAUACACGAUGAAAGACACAAAAAUAUACGAAAUGAAGAAGCAAAAGCCAAAUAGGCCUAUAGUAUAAAAAGAAAGAAGGAAAGCAGAUGACCGAGGAAAUGUAUUAAUAGAUAGAGUUGAAGAACAGUAUAGGCUCAUUUGCAUGUUAAUAGGCUCGCGCUAGCCUAUUUUAGCUCUUUCGUCAGAAUCCGUUUUAAGACAGAAAAAGAUAGGUCUACUGUGGUCGACAUUCCAUGUCGCCUUUAGAAAAGAACAACAUAAAAAUGAAUGGCUUCAUUUCUCUAUCUUAAAAUAUACCGUUUAUAAUAUCAUUUAUUUAAUUGUAUUUUUGUUGGAACGUAUUAUAAUGUUGGUGUAUACAUUUUACGGAUAUAAAUCAAUCAAAUACAAAUUAUAUUUCGUAAGUUCAUAAGAGGCAUGCAACUUCAGUCAAAACUUUAAUAAGAAAAAUGUUUAUGGGCAUUUUAUACGAUGUUGAGUCUAACUUAGAUAAGAUCCAUUUGUAGAGAUGUUUAGGCGUUUAUUUUUUAGAUUUUGGAGUCGUAACCUACCUUUUGCUAAAUGAUUCCCAAGAUCCAGUAUUUGAGGACAAUGCUAAAGUUGACAACCCAUUACUGCCCACAAGACACAAAAUAAUCUGAAAGUAUUCAGUUGGACAUCAAGGGAAAGGUUUUAAACAAGCAAUUUAAAUACAUCUGGUAUAGGCCUAGUAUGUUGUUCAGUUCGUCAAACUAGCAUCAGAUUCAGACUCAAGUAGACAUCUGUUGUUUUCCCCGCUGGAAUUCAAAAAUUAAAUGAAAGCUAAAUGUAAACUGCCAUAGAACAAGGCGAAAGUUUAAUAAAUAUCAGGAACAAUAAAAUAAAUUACAUAAAUCUGACCUUUAAAAAUGGUGGCCUUUAAUUUAUGGCUCGUUGAUUUGUUGGAAAGGAUUCCAUCGGUGCAGUGUAUCCCAAAUGGCCAAUAAAUUGGUACUACUUUAA